AAGUGUUUGUAUCGUCGCCGAUUCGGUUAGUAACAUUUUUAACUGGAAACGUGUAACAUUGUAAAAGUGUCGUUAUGAAACCAUACGUUGGAAUUUUGUUAUUGUCAAUAUUCGGCUUAAGUUGUUUAUUCCUAGGUUUUUUCUUAUCGAAGAUCCCAGGAUUUUUAUGCAAAGGUGAGGAAAAAGACCCUUCACCAGAGGUGAUGAAACAAGUUCCAUCAUCAGAGGGUUUUCCAAACACUUUUUCGGAUUCAACGGUUCAAACGUCGUCGAGGACAACAAAUCAAUCUUCAUCGGAUGUUGCGCCUCAAGAUGCUGUUCAAUCUCCAUCAAAAGCAGUUACAGAAUCCAAUACAGCAAGUGGUAAAUUGACGACGUUGAUACGAUUAAAUGACGAAGUCACAAAAAUGAUAACCGAACAAUUUGAUCGAAUUAAGAUGCCGAUGAAUUAUGUCACUGAUUUGGGGAAAGUGUUCUCUUUCCUGCAACUCACCGAUGCUGAUUUAAAAGCAAUGGGUCAUUUGUAUCUUUAUUCAAAGUACAUCAAUGAUAUGUAUGUAAUGUUCACAGAUAAAAUAAGAGAGUUUGAUCGUUCAAAAUAUAAUCAAUACUAUGUGGGCAUGCCAAACUAUAAAUUGACGCCGAAUCAAACGAUGUUUUUGGAUAAACUGCUUAAUUCAAACAUUGCCAAUUCGGAGAAAAACAAAGCCAUCAUUGAGAAAUGCAUUGCAGACGCACAAUUACAAGAAAUGGCGAAAGUGGUUGAAGUGAAAAUUAAAGAUUUAGAAAAGCAAUUGAAGGAAUUGACUGAUACUAUUGUUCAAUAUGAAUCGAAGCCGCGCUAUGAAGAUGCUAUUGCAAAACUCAAAACUACAUAUGUUACGGAAAUCGGCAAGAUAAGCGCGGAAAUAUUCAAAACAAUCGUACCAGUGUUCAAUAACAGCGAUGCUUUUAAUAAAAUUACGGAAGCCGUACAAGAAAUGGCAGAUGUACAAAGAGAGGUUCCGAUGGAAAUCGCAGCUUCGUUUCUCAAAGUUUAAUGAAUAAGAUAAAUUGUAACUGCUAUUGUUCAGAAAUAUUAAACGAAAACAAAAUAUACAAUAUUAAUGAAAUGUAUAGAAGAUGCGCAAAUAAAUUACAGUUACUGAAUAGCG